AUGACGGUUGUAAAUACUUGCCAAAUCGCUGUAUUUAACGAAUAUAUAUUACUAAUAUUAUAUACGCGGUGGCUAGUGUACACGAUAAAUGAACAAAUUCCCGAAAGAAGAUCAUGCCUAAGUUCAUUCAGAGAUAUGUACUUGGAAAUUGUAGAAUGCUUAAACGAUGUCAAUAAAUCAAUACAUGGUUUGACGGCCAUAGUUGUUUUUAUUGUAGCAAAUGUCGCCGAAAUAAUCGAUUUGAUAUACUGCCAAGUAUUAUUUCCUAGAGAAUAUGAAACUUUAUUGGUAUAUCCUCUCGCAUCAUCAUUAACCUGUGCCACUAAGGUUCUAAUAUUAUACAUGAUUGGUCACUCCACGGAAAAAGAGAUAAAUCGGAUGAGUCUUGUCUUACAUCAACGAUCCGUGAUCGAAAGAAACCCUAGAAUUAAACGUCAGAUCAAGUUCUUUUUACUACGAAGAUUGCACGAACACUUCCAUUUUCAGUUGUAUGGAAUGUGUCAUAUCAAUCUAAGGCAACUACUUAUCCUAACAAACAGUGCAAUUGGUUAUUUAGUAAUUCAAAUUCUGUUCAAAUUAAAUAAAUAA